CCGGAUUGCUUCCACGACAAGAUUCUCUUUGGAAUUCUGGGUACCUUUGCAGUAGUUGGGUAUUGGCGGUAAACUUGGUGCCAGUUAAACACAGCCAGAUUGCCUUGCUUGGGCCAGAGGGGCUGCCGAUCCGCCGGAACAGCGCCAAUCGCGACAAGGAGUUGGCGCUUUCGCCUCGUCCUUCCCGGUAAACGGAGCAGGAGUCACCUGCUCCUCCUCUUCAUAUCCCCUCCUCUCCUCUUUGCUUUCAGUACAGAGGGACUGAAGGAGAUUGCCGACAGAGAUUUGCCUUUGGCUUGCUUUCACUUUUGUUCUGUUUGCUGCAGCGACCCACGAAAUCCCUCACGACUCACCGCAUUUUCAGCGAACGAAUUCCACGACCAAAACAAUACACCCAUUGAAGCUGGCCUUCGACUGCCAAUACCCUUAUAAAUACCGCUAAAAUGCCUCUCAUGGAGACGGUCACUAUAAUCAACAAGUCCGGGAAAGUUGUUUCUACCGGUAAACACCUCGUCAACAUCUUCAAAGAAGCCAAAGAGGCAUACGAGGAGAAGAAAGCAGAGAUAAAGUCCCAGCACUACGCACGAUUGAAGCACAAGAAUACGCAGAAGCUCAUCCAAGUCCGCGAAGAGACACGGUCCAAUGCUUCCUCUCGACAUUCUCACCGCUCUCGCUCGCACUCCCACCGCCCAAGAGACAACGGCGAAGGGCCCUCUCGACCACCUCUCACCACACAAAACCUGACCCAAAUAUCUGAAGGCAGCGUAACCUCCUCCCGGCGGAGUCGCAGCUUGCACCAUGGCUCUCGCAGAGCCCGAUCACCACAUUCCCCACGCUCCGUGCAGGGCUACAAAGCACCAUACUUCGAGAACGCAGAUAUCACUCAUCACCCCGGCAUAAUAAGACGACACACCGAUAUCCCCCCAGGCCCAACAGUCAGCGCCCUCUCCCGCGGGACCCUUCCUCCCCCAUACGAAUCCCAACUCGCCGCCCGACCCAUUCACCGCGCUCACUCCAACCCCGAUUUGCGGCACGAAAACAUCGACAUGAACCUCGCAUACGGAGCCCUCCCCCACGAUCUCCAAAUGGGCGCCGUGACGGAAGAACAACAAGAGGCAGAGCUGAAAGCCACAAUGACGAAGCUGGAUCAUCUGUUGUUGGAGGCGCACUGCUUACAGCAUUCCGCAACGGCGAUAAUUGCGAAUCUGCAAGCCAACCCCGAAGCGAUGGCUGCUGUAGCUUUGACGCUUGCUGAGCUGUCUACCCUGUUGAGCAAAAUGUCGCCGGGUAUACUCGGUGCUCUCAAAGCCUCCAGCCCAGCGGUCUUCGCGCUUCUCGCUUCACCCCAAUUCUUGAUUGCUGGCGGUGUCGCGAUUGGUGUUACAGUUGUGAUGUUUGGGGGGUUCAAGAUUAUUAAGAAGAUUCAGGCAAGCAACGAGGCGCGAAAGGAGGCGAAUAGGGUCGAUGAGGCGAUGGUGUUUGAUGGGCUUGAGAUGGGGAGUAUUGAGAGUUGGAGGAGAGGCAUUGCGGAGGUGGAGGCGCAGAGUGUCUCGACGAGUGUGGAUGGAGAGUUCAUUACCCCUGAGGCGGCGAGACAGAGGAAGGAAAGAAUUAGGGAGAGGAAGAAGGAGGAGAGGGAUCAUCAUGCCAGGGCGGAAAGUGUGACGAGUGAGAGUACCAUGAAAACUGCGAGGAAAACUGGGAGCGGGUCGACGGUUUGGAGAAAGAAUUUCCCGAAGAGUUCAUCGAGUAGAGUUGCUCCUUCUGAGAGUGGAAGGAGUGAGAGGAGUCGAAGAGAAGGGGAAGGCAAAGAGGUUAUGGUUGUCAAGGAGAAGGAGAAAAAGAAGAAGAGCGCCUUGUCAGUGAUCUUCAAAAAGAAAGAUAAGGGGAAGGACAAAGAUGGAAGCGAGAGCGGAAGUCAUCGACCUAAGCUGGUUGAGCUGCGAUGAAAAGAGUCUUGAAUGAGAAAAGGGACGGAAAACACAUCCACUCCUACGAUUUAUGAACGUACCUUUAUUUCUUUCCUUUCUGCAUAAUAUACUGGGCAGCAAUGCACAACCAUCUCAUAUUUUGCUCGCAAUAUAUAUCCUCAAGAAUAUAUCAAAUAAUUUCCAGAUCACAUGAGAGAAAAAAC